AUCGCUCCGGCUCAGCCCCCUCCGGCCAUUGCGUCCGCUCCUUGCAGGGUGGAGGAGCUGAAGUGGCCUGUCUCCUCCGAAGGGCUCGGGUGCUACCGGCCCCUCCGCAUCGCUCGCUCUCCUUUGGCCCCAGGGGAAGCGUCCCAAGGAGGCAGGACCAGCUCCCUGCGCUCAGCCCCGUGGGCAUCACCCCAUGACCAGCCACUCGCCCCCCACCAUGCCAGCCUCGCGCCCCUGACCAGCCACCAGCUGCCCGCCCUGCCGACCCACAUGCAGUCGAUGUCUCUGGGAAAGCCUACUGAACCCCAGCAUCCAGAAUGUCCCAGCUCUCUUCCACCCUGAAGCGGUACGUUGACUCGUCCCGCUAUGCUGAGGCCACCUACAGCAAGGCGCCCAGCGGCUACAGCUCCUACACCUCCUAUGGAUCCACCUUGGCCACAUCCUAUGCAGACAGCAACAAAAUUGGCUUCAAAAGCAGCUACCUGCCUUCCCCCCGGUACCACCACGCAGGGCUGUCCCCAACCAGUGGCUAUGACAGCAGCCGCCUGCCCCUGUACCCUGACUCCAGCAUCCGCCUGAGCCCCACGUACAUCCGCACCCAGUCCCGGCCACCCGGCAACGGGCUGAGUGGGGGUGCUUGCUACACCUUCGCAGGGUCCCCCAGCAGUCCCCCGGGAUACCUGCCCACCACAGCAUCUCUCAGCCGCCGCAAGUCCAUCAGCCACUCGGACCUGGCACGGGAAUUUUCGGGGCUGCACGCCUCGGACAGUGCCUACACACCCACCCCCGGCCCCCUCAGCACCACCCGGAGCCACCAGGAGCUCGGUGCCCUGCAGGGACUCUACCAGGCUACCGUGCGCUCCGACUACGUCCGUGGCUACCUGGACAGCUAUGGGAGGAACAGCAGCCAUGGCAGCCUCCACACGGGGCCCCUCAGCCCCUCACAGGGAACCCUGGGCUCUGCCCUGCCACCCUCGGGCACCCGCUACGCCAGCCAGCCCUGCGAGAGUGAUGAUGGCUACUGCGACAUGCCCACCCGGGACCCCACGAGCUCCAAGGCAGUGCAGGGACUGACCGGCUUGCGAAACCUCGGCAAUACGUGCUUCAUGAACUCCAUCCUGCAGUGCCUGAGCAACACCAAGGAGCUGCGGGAUUACUGCCUGCAGAACCAGUACCUGCGGGACCUCAACAACAACAGCCGCAUGCGCACCGCGCUCAUGACAGAGUUUGCAAAGCUGAUUCAGCUGCUCUGGACCUCGUCCCCCAACGACAGCGUGAGCCCCUCCGAGUUCAAGACGCAGAUCCAGAGAUACGCCCCCCGCUUCGUCGGCUACAACCAGCAGGAUGCACAGGAGUUCCUGCGGUUCCUCCUCGACGGGCUGCACAGCGAGGUGAACCGUGUGCUGGUGCGGCCGCGGGCCAGCACGGACACCCUGGACCACCUCCCUGACGAUGAGAAGAGCCGCCAGAUGUGGAGGAGGUACCAGGAGAGGGAGGACAGCCGCAUCAGUGACCUCUUCGUUGGGCAGCUGAAGAGUUCACUGACCUGCAGCGAGUGCGGCUACUGCUCCACAGCCUUCGACCCCUUCUGGGACUUGUCCCUGCCCAUCCCCAAGAAAGGCUACGGGGAGGUGACCCUCAUGGACUGCCUACGGCUCUUCACCAAAGAGGAUGUGUUGGAUGGAGACGAGAAACCGACGUGUUGUCGCUGCAAAGCCAGGACAAGGUGCACAAAGAAAUUCAGCAUCCAGAAGUUCCCCAAGAUCCUGGUGCUUCACCUGAAGCGCUUCUCAGAGUCCAGGAUACGAGUGAGCAAGCUCACCACCUUCGUCAACUUCCAACUGAAGGACCUGGACCUCCGGGAGUUUGCCUCACAGAGCUGCAACCACGCCAUUUACAACCUCUACGCCGUCUCCAACCACUCGGGCACCACCAUGGGGGGACACUACACCGCCUACUGCAAGAGCCCCGUCUCCAGCGAGUGGCACAGUUUCAAUGACUCCCGUGUUACCCCCAUGUCAUCCAGCCACGUCCGCAGCAGCGAUGCCUACCUGCUCUUCUACGAGCUGGCCAGCCCGUCCUCCCGCAUGUAGCCAGCCCUGCCUUCCUGGGGACCCCUGCACCACUCCUCAGAGCCGGCCCCUCCAGGUUUUGGCCAUUUGCUCCCCAGGUGCAAGAGGGAGGUGAAGAGGAGAGACCCUGAGGCGGCUGCAGCAGGAGGAGACCCCAGACAAGGACACCCCAGCUCCAAACUGAGGAGGGCAGCCCGCGGCAGGGCAGGGCCCAGGCAGCUCAGGCGCCUCCUGGUCACUGGCAUUUGGUUUUUACCUUGGGGUAUGUUUUAGUUUCUUUUUUUUUUUUUUGGUUGGUUGGUGUGUAAUAAAAAUACUGAGCAAGGGACUCUGCGGGCAUGAGGCCACCUGCCCCAUUGACUUGGCCAGGACCUCUGCUCCCCAAGGGGAGCACCCAGAGCUGGGGACCCAGGAGAGCAUCCUGCAUCCCUCCUGGCCUCUUGGCACUCCUGUUCUGCUUGACCAUCCCAGAGGAUUCAUGAACUGUUCCUGGCCUCCUCCCAGCACUGCUGAACCUCCUGGCAUAGGACACUGGCUCUUCAGUUGCCUCUGUUCCGUCUCAGGCAGCACAUCCCCACCAGCUGCCUCAUGCACACUCCUCAAGCAGCCUGAGUUCAGGUCUAGACUCAUGGACAGGAGGGAAGAAAACAUUUUGUGGAAUUUAUAUGUAUUUAUAGUGGACUUCACUCAAC